GUGCUGGCCAUCACAUAGCGAGAGCGAGCUCGCUGGCGGAGAUAGCAGGGAGGAAGGGGUAGCUAGCGGCAGGGCCUUGCUGCCAAGAGAUGAAGGAGGGUCCGGUGGAGUCCGCGGCCACGGGGUCCUUGGGGCCCGUCAUAGCGAAGCUGGCUGCUCUGCUGGGCAGUGAGUACAAGCUUCGUUGGCGGACCAGAAGGGACGUCAAGUUCAUCAAAUCCAAGUUCAAGUCUAUGCACUCUCUCCUAUGGGCUACAUGGGAGAGGGAGGUUCCGGAUGCGGCAUCAAAAGAGUCGAAGAUGGCAGCGUUGCUCCUUGCCGACGACAUGGACGACGCCGUCGACGACUUCAUCCUCGCUAUGGAGCCCAGCCGCAGAAGCAAGCGCUUGAUACAGACAAAGAUCGAAGCAAGCGCCUUCGAAGAUUUCAAGAGAAGAGCAAGUGACGUCUCGGGGCGGUGGAAGAAGACUGCUCAUCCCAUCUGCACCUUAUUUCCAAGAAACACCGCCAUCUUAAGCCCGAGAAAGCCGACGCCUCGAGCUCAUCCCUUUGUCCGCAAGAAUGCAUCAAUGCUCGUACCUAUGGACGAACCGAUAAAUGAGCUCGUCAAAUUCCUCACAGGAGAAGAUGCCGAGAGCACGCUUUCGCAGCCUCAGCUCAAAAUGGCAUCUAUUCUUGGAAUGGCCGGUAUGGGCAAAACGACCCUCGCCGACCAAGUGUAUGAGAAGAUUGAAAAUAAGUUCGACGCCCGGGCUUUUGUGUCAGUCACUCAAGGUGGUAACAUCAAGGAUGUUCUCGCCGGAAUUCUUGAACAAGUAGCUGCUGAAAAUACUACUGCGCCACCUGCUGGCACCGAAGCAGAAUCCGAAGAACAUAUUCUCAUCGACCAAAUAUCUGAUUUCUUCAAGGACAAAAGGUACCUAGUCAUAAUUGAUGAUAUAUGGCAUUGGGAAGAAUGGGAAACAAUCAGGAAGUCUCUUCCUGAGAAUAAUUUGGGCAGUAGAGUUGUGACAACAACUCGAAUGAACGCUGUAGCCCGGAUGUGGCGUGAUGAUUGUGAUGCCUUGCUCCACAAGAUGCACCCUCAGUUUGACCGUCAGGGAAGAUGGGUCUACAAAAUUAGUGGUACGCAAGAUGUUUGCACCAAGAUAAUAUCUAGGAAUGCCACCAAGAUGGUCGGAAAAGGUUUCGACAGAAAACAUCCUGUUGUGGGUAUGUGUAGUGGUAUGCCGUUGGCAGUGGUCUGUAUGUUGUCAGCAGUAGCAAAAGAGCGAGAGAAACAAGCUGAGCAAGGGGUAGAUGCAAAGACACGUGAUGUGCAAGAUAUGGUUGAGAAACAAGUUAGGAGACAUGGAAUUCAGAAUACACCAGGGUUCGAACCAUUGGUAGAGAGUUUGCAGCUUGGCUACAAUGACCUUCCUCAUCAUAUGCUGAAGAGCUGCUUGUUGUACUGCAGUCUGUAUGCUGAGCAACACGAUUUUGCAAGGGAUGAAACAGUCAGUCGAUGGUUGGCCGAAGGAUUUGUACACAAAGAGGAAGCAGGAGAUUACUACGCAGAGCUUUUCAGCAGGGGGUUCAUCUUUGAGAUAGCGUAUGAGUCUGAGAACAUGGUCAUGUUCGGCUACAGAAUGCACCCUAUGAUGCGAAAUUUCCUUAAAUGGAAAUCGCAUGAGGAUAAUUUCAUUAUUACACACAGUUCUUCCGACAUCCAAUCCUCUCCAAUCCGUCGGCUAUGCAUUGACGAUUGGGCAGGCAGCGAUCCCUCGUCAGGAACUGAUUGGUCUCAUAUUCGGUCCCUUGUUGUUUUUAAAGAUGCCGAGAGGGUCCCCUACAAGCAGUUGGCACGGCUGCGAGUGCUGGAUGUUCAAAAGAAUCAUGCUCUUGAUAAUCAUCAUCUGAAGGAUAUGUGUGGACUGCCCCGUGUGAGGCACUUGUUGGGGGAGCUUGGGCCUCGAAUCACCGAGAUCCCAUCAGAGAUAGGAAAACUGCAACGCCUGGAAACUUUGGAGGUGAGGAACACAUGCAGCACGGAGCUACCCGUUGAGAUUGGACGCCUGAAACAACUGAGGACUCUGCUUGUACCUGGAAAUGAGCUGAAAGUUCUUCCCAGGGAGAUCGGGCGCCUGCAGCAAUUGGAAACUUUGGACAUGAGUAGGAACGAAGGUCUCGUGGAGCUGCCUAGUGAGAUAGGUUGUCUGCAGCAGCUAAGGAAUCUGGGUGCGGAUAAUACAGGGAUCACAAAGAUGCCAAAGGAGAUCGGGAAACUGCAGCAAUUGAAGAAUCUGAACAUGAGUAAAACAAUGAUGACGGUGCUACCAAAGGAGAUCAUGAAGCUGCAGAAUUUGGAGAAACUAGACUUGACUGGUACACAGGUGGAGAAGAUACCAUGGAAAACAGGGGGGCUAAAGGAACUCAAGAGUUUGGCGUUAGAUCGCGGCAUGGGUGCUUUACCCUUGGAUGUCUGUCAGCUUUCAGAAUUGGUGACAUUGCCUGAGUGCAUCCGCCAAGCUCGUUUUUUGUCUUGGAUAGCCGAGGAGAACCUGUUCUUCCAAAUAUCUGACAUGGCGUGUGAAGGGGGGCUAGUCGUGGGAGCCAACCAGAUGCGCAUCCCGCCGUGGAUCAAGGAUCACUUCAACGACCUUGCCUUGCUGGAUAUCAAGGUCUGCAAACUAGAGGAGGAAGAUCUCGAGAUUCUGCGGGAGAUGCCCACACUGCGUGAGCUGUCACUAAGGUUCCAAGUAGUACCAAAAGAGCCUGUAGUCAUAAGCGCCAAAGGGUUCGCAAGCCUCUGGUGCUUUUGUGUUGACAGCCGAGUGCCACGGGUUACCUUCCAAGAAGGAGCGAUGCCGCGGUUGGGGGUACUUAAGUUCCAGAUCCAGUCCUAUGGUGGCCCUCCAAAUAAAGACCCUUUGGGUAUCACGCACCUCGUGAACCUCGGAUUUGUCCAGAUUGGAUGCAACGAGGAAUGGUAUCGAGCAGACAGCCCGUGCAUCAUGGCCACCGUUGACGAAGCUCGUGAGCACCCAAACAAUAUCUCCAUCAAAAUCAAUGGGAUAAAUGUAGCCGGCCAGGACGAAAGUAGCAGUGAGGACGAGGAGGAAUGGAGCGUUGGGACGGAUGAUGCCGGAGAAAACAGCAGCAGCGAGACGGGUGAGGCCGACUAGAGCCAUGCUUAAUUCAUCAUUCUGCCAAAAUAUACAGGCACGCAGGUGAUUACAAGCGGAAUCUGUAUUGCUGCUAUCCCAAAAGCAGCCUAGCCACCGUGCUAAACGAGGAAUGGUGGACAUACCUUCCUGCUGCAGGUUGAAUGUUACAUGCAUGCUCAUCAAGCUUUCCGUGUCCUCUACUCUCUUGUACCUCCGUACAGCAAAAACGUCCUACAUUAGUUUACAGAGUGAGUAUUUGUUUUCAAGCCAUCUAGCAUUGAUUGCUUACCUUUUGUUUCCAAGUUGAUUUGUUGUUCCCUCUGUGAGCCUAUUACGCUGGCAUCAAAUUUGUAUUCUCUGUUCUAUUCUAUUAAGUAAUCAGCGGAAAGUACUGCCUACUGCCUGCUUGUAAUAUUAUGUUAUAUAAUCCAAGGGAUCUAUACAAUGUGGUGUUUGAUGUAAUAGUUAACAAAGCUCUGUUAUGUAAUGAUAAUAAUUGUGACAAUUUGUACUCA